AGAAAAUGGUAUAAGAUGUAAAGAUGAAGCGACUGGUACAAACGAAACGGAUGCAAGUAAAAGAAGUUGGUCCAAGCGAUUAAGACCAGACACUUUGAUAGGAACACUCCAGAUCAUGCUGGAUUUGAAAAUGUUUUUGUUGAUCCCUUUGUCUGUUCUACAUGGUUGUGAUGUAUCUUACUUAUCUGCUGAAUUUCCUCAAGCAUUUGUGGGCUGUAGUCAAGGUAUAUGGAUGAUCGGCUAUAUGACUAUGGUAACAGGAUGCACAAUGGUAGUUUUUUCUUUGGCAAUAAGCAAGUUUAAGUUCAUUGGCAGAACUGGUGAUAUUUUAUUAGGUAUUGUCAUCUUGCCACAUUAAACAUACGGAACCAUUGCAACCUCAUCAAACCAACUUGAAACAGCUCUCUACAGUAUCCAUUUGAUUUGUAUUUUAUGUGUUCAUCAGAGAUUCCUUUUUUUCCAUUUUUAGGUAUUUCAUGCUUUGGAGCAGGUCUUGUAAUAUCUUUGCUGUGGCAGUCGCUUGAAAGGGC